AUGCAAAGAGUCGAUCAGAAUCUGGAAUUGGUGUUCCCGCCGGAAGUUAACCCUGCUUCAUACGCCUGGGCUUUCCUGUCACAGGCGCAGCAGGAAAACAGCUCUAGGGAUGUCUUGGAUCUUUUCCUCGAGCCGGGUUCGCCAUCUCGGUCGCCCCUGCUAGACGCCAGCCACCCGCGCAAGCAACGUGAUAUAAAGAUGGCACAAGACAUCUUUUCUUAUCCUAUCGGGCAUGACUUCACCUCCAGCCAGUCGUCAGUCAAUUAUGCCAGCAGCGUGCAGUCGGACGACUUCUGGAUCGCAGAGGGCACCGCAUCAGAAGUCCCUGCCACCACGCCGGCCGGUGUAAAUACAGUGGAUCGAAGACAUCGGCGACGCGAGCAGAAUCGCAAAGCCCAAAGCAAUUUCAGGCAGAAGAGGAAGGAAGAGGUGCGCGGGCUCCAGCGCGAGGUGGAGGAACUCCGAGCUCAACUUGCCGCUUAUCACAGGAGAGGCCCGACGGCUAAUCUGACUAUAUGCACGAAGUGUCGGACCUUUUAUCCUGCGGCAGCCGCGGAUGCGUCGCAGCUUUCCAAGGAUGCAGACAUCUUCGGCUAG